ACCUCAUGUUCUCAAAAAAAUUUCCUAGCUUGCUAUCUGUUUGGCCACAUCAGGCCGCCUCAAUUUCUACUUAACAUGCACAUCUAUUUGCAGACGACUCUUUCUCAUCUCAUAGAUUCCAUCUCAUCAUUGAGAAAGAGCAAAGGGAGGUGAGAAAGAGAUGGAGAAACCAAGCGUGGAGUCUCCUUUGCUCCCAAGUUCUGAAAAGAGAGGAGGAGAAGUCUUGGCUGAGGUUAAGAAGCAGCUAUGGUUGGCAGGACCUUUGAUAGCAACAAACUUAUUGCAGACGAUUCUCCAAGUGAUAUCGGUGAUGUUUGUUGGCCAUCUUGGAGAGCUUGCUCUCUCUGGUGCCUCUAUGGCCACUUCCUUUGCUGGGGUCACGGGUUUCAGCUUGUUGCUGGGAAUGAGUAGUGCCCUAGAUACCUUGUGCGGACAAGCCUUUGGAGCAAAAACUUAUCACAUGCUCGGUAUACACAUGCAAAGAGCUAUGCUAGUCCUCAUGCUCGCAAGUAUUCCACUUGCUGCUGUCUGGGCUUACACAGGACAAAUUCUUGUGCUUUGUGGGCAAGACAGAGAGAUAGCAACAGAAGCUGGAUUAUAUGCUCGAUGGAUGAUCCCAAGCCUUUUUGCAUAUGGCCUCGUCCAAUGCCAUGUUAGAUUCUUGCAAACUCAAAAUAUAGUCUUCCCAAUGGUGCUUGCUUCUGGGUUUACAGCAUUGCUUCACAUCCUUGUGUGUUGGAUUCUGGUAUUCAAGUCUGGCCUUGGCAGUAGAGGUGCUGCUUUGGCCAAUUCUUUCUCUUAUUGGAUGAAUGUGUUGCUAUUGGCACUUUUUGUGAAGUUAUCCCCUGAUUGUAAGAAGACUUGGACUGGCUUUUCAAGAGAAGCCUUACAUGACAUUAGCAACUUCAUUAGACUAGCUGUUCCAUCAGCUGUAAUGGUUUGCUUGGAAUUCUGGUCGUUUGAAUUACUUGUACUUCUUUCUGGUCUUCUUCCAAAUCCGAAGCUAGAAACAUCAGUGUUGUCAAUCAGCCUCAACACCGCCUCAAUGGUAUUUAUGGUUCCUUUUGGCUUCGGUGCUGCAGUAAGCACACGCGUUUCUAAUGAACUUGGUGCUGGGCGUCCACAAGCUGCUCGGUUAGCAGUACGUGUUGUGGUGUUUAUGGCCAUCGGACAAGGCUUGAUCGUAGGAUCGACCAUGGUCUUUGUGCGCAAACUCUGGGGUUAUGCAUAUAGCAAUGAAGAGGAAGUGGUGAAUUACGUGGCAGUAAUGUUGCCAAUUCUUGCAACCUCCAACAUGAUGGAUGGGGUGCAAUGCGUACUCUCAGGGGUCGCCAGAGGCUGCGGUUGGCAGAAGAUUGGAGCUGUUGUGAAUCUUGGAGCUUAUUACUUAGUUGGCAUUCCUUCAGCUAUUCUUCUAGCAUUUGUCCUCCAUGUUGGAGGAAAGGGUCUUUGGAUGGGAAUCAUAUGUGGCCUUGCUGUACAAGUUUUGCUGCUUUCGACAAUUACUCUGUGCACUAACUGGGAGAAAGAGGCAAGCAAAGCCUGAGACAGAGUGUACAACUCCACCAUUCCCAUCGACAUGGAGACAUGAUACAUCAAGUAGCAUAGUAUUUGAGAUGUAAACUCCCGUAUUAUAAGACAGUUGUACUUUUUCCUCAAAUUUCUUUCACCAACCAUGUAUGUGUGCGUAUAUAUAUGGCUUUCUACUCCACGGAGAAAAGAGAGAACAAGAGAGGCAUGGCGACGAGUCUUCCUCCCCUCUCAUCAAAAGGCGGCACCACCAUCCAACGGCGGAUUAGGGCGCCAUUCAAUGGGAGGAGCAGACGUCCCACCAAAUUUAAAAAAACAUCAAUCAUCUGAUCUUGAUCGAGCAGCACUGAAUUAGUGCGACCUAGUUUGGAUCCGUAUGAUAUGUUUUCAAAAAGCAUGUGCGCACAUAUUUUUUUUUUUGGUAAAAAUAGUGCAUUCAAA